AUGCCGAACACUACGGAAGCCCCAUCCAUCGCCGCGGCCGUGUCCUUCGGCGCCAUCCUUGACGUGAAAGACAAGCACAGCCUUUAUGUAAGCAACCUCAGCGUCACUGUGACCGAAGACUCGCUGCGCGAGAUCUUCCGGCAUUGUGGGCCCUUGGACCAGGUGAUCUUCCGUACCUAUCCUGGUUCCUUGAAGUGGUAUGCGCAGCUUAACUUCCAAACGGCAGAUGGCGUCGUGCAGGCGAGUAAAAUGGAAGGGACCCCGAUCUGCGGCACUGGGAUCCGCUGCUCUGCCAUUGAUCCGACGUCCUAUGCGGCUAACGAUGUCCUUGCCCGUUUACAGGCCAAAGAAGAGGAGCUCGCGAACAAGGAAGAUCCCGAAGUCGCCAGGCAAGAGUGGCACAAGAAGCUGCGCGAGCAUGCAGAGGCGCGGACUCUGCGAACGGUGCACGUUUCUGGGCUGCCCGCGUCGACGACCCUGCAGGAGUUGCAGCGGCUUGGAGAGCAGUUCGGCAGCGUGGAGCAGCUUCGCCUGGAUCGUGAUGCGAAGGGUGCACCUUUCGGUCUCAUUCAGUUCAAGGAGCUCGGAAUCGCACGUGGCUGCUGUCUGAAGCGGACCUUCCUGGUAGACGAGAGCGUCGUUAUCUUUUCCGAAUCAAAAUCCGAGGUGAACUCGACAGAUAUUGAAGAAGCGACUGUUGAGUUUCGGCAUCCCUGUGUUGAUCGCGCCUUGGCAAGCGCGGGGACGGAGCCAAAGACUCAGCCGCAGGGCAAGUUCUGGGAUGAGCUGGCAGAGAAGCAGCGUCAGCUUUACAACCGCAAGCUUGAGAAGGUGCGUGCCACCGCUGAAGCCAUUCUUGGCCCAGGCAUAACUUCUUCUCCUCCACCUUCGCCUCCUGAGGAGGACGAUUUCUUCGCCUGGGCCAAGCAGGCCGCGGCGAUUUUCAACCCCGAAGCCGAGGAGCAGAGGGCAGAUGUUGCAGACAGUAAUCUCGAGGAGCGCCCUGCGGCUGCAGAGGAGCUGGGGCCUGUUGAUUUGGAAGAGCACCCGGACAUAGUUCCUGGUACAGAGCUGGCGGUGCUGGAGGACUCCUCCUCGGAAGAGAUCUCCGAGUCCUCAGCUGCCUCCGGCAUCGAGCAGGUGGGCGGGAAGUUUGCCGAUGGACCUCGAGCCCAGCGAAAACGGCGGGCAGCUCUGCGAAAAGAGCGGACACGAAGGCAACCGAAGGCAAAAUCCCUGGCCGCAGCUGCCAAGCUACCCAUAACGCCGGCGCAGUGGGCCGCGGCUGCCGCUGCUGCUCGAGCAGAGAGCGCUGAGAAGCUCAAGUCUCCAGCCCAGUGGGCAGCAGCACGUGCGAGGGCUCUUGAGAGGUUACAGGCCAAGACUCCGGGCAGCCAGCGUCGAAAAAGAGGCGUUACCGGCGAGGUGCAAGUCCUCGCAGAAACGCUCGAAGCAGAGGAGCCAGACACUGCAUCGGCAUUGGAUCUGACGCAGCCGAAACGAGCGCGAAACAAGCAGCUGUGUAUUCUGCGAACUGUGAGGAGCACAGGGGCCUCUUAUGCUUUGUGGUCGCAUGCGAAGCUGGCAUUGGCUGCAGGCCUUCCCUCCGAAGUGAUCGAUGCACUGCAGAGCGGGGAAGAAGCUCAGAAGGUGAGCGGCCGCUUGCGAAGAGACGAACAGGUAGCACUUCGUCUUUGUGAUGAGCUGCUCCAAGCAGGCAUGACGGUCAGCGAGGAGACUUACAGGGCUGCAGUGCAGCAGUUGGGGGAGCGCUGCACCUUCGAGGUGUCUGCGACAGUUGGCUUCUACCUGCUCCUCAUUAUUCUUCAGCAGAAACCGGUCAAGCACUGA